AUGUACGGCCUGGUGGCGCGCAGCGCGGCCUGCGAGUCUCUGUGCGAGGUGGCGGCGCGCCUGGCGGCGGCACGUGGCCCGCUGGCCUCGCUACUCUCCCCCGGCGACAGCGCCGCGCUGGACGCCUUCUUCGGCGAGGGCCUGGCGGCUGCGGGGGACGCGCUGCGCCACGUCAGCGACGCCGGGGUCCGCCUGCUCCUUUCCCUGGGCUGGCUGGCCGAGGCGGUGGCGGGAACCAACUACGCGCUGGCCGAGCCGCCCACGCGCCACCAGCCCUGGGUGGACCAGCUGCUGCGCCAGCUGGGCGUGUUUGCCGACCGUGUCGCACACGCCUGCGUGCUGGACAGCGUGGCGCGCGUGCGCAGCUGCAGCCUGGAGGGCCGGGCGGCCAUGACCCUGGAUGUGCAGGGGGUGGCACACGGCCUGCGGCGCCUGGCCCCCCUGCCCGUGGGCGCCCAGGCGGGGUUGGCCCGGGCCGACGCGUACGUAAAGGCCUUCUACAUCCCGGUGGGGGAGCUGACGCAGUGGGCGCUGGCGCACCCCGAGUACACGCGGGAGCAGAUCCUGGCGCUGACCGCCUGCAUCGCGGACAGCAGCGGGCUGCGGCGCAAGGAGCGCGCAGCGCUGCUCGCGCAGAUGGAGGCUGCGCUGCACGACCCCGGCAGGCAGGGACCUUGA